AGGAGCAGGGGGAAAGAGGGAUAGCAAACAGAGGAAUAAAACAGUGUGACAUACCAAAAUUCGCUCUCUUGUUCAUGAGGAGUUGUUAGCGGAGUUCAGUACUAACAGGAUUCUCUACCAGUAUGAGAGUGCGUCAGUGCCGCAGCUUGAAGGGUGUUUGCGUCAUGCUGGUGUGUGUGAUGCUGGCUCUGCACGUGCUGGUCAUUCUAGUGACUCUGUCGACGUUCCCUUCAACCUGUGAACCCAUUCAGCGGUCUCAAACUGAACCUCGCAACCUCACCUCAGCCAACCUCACACACUCUGGCUCUACGAGUACGGCCAGGAAAAGAGCAGCUGAUCUUGCCAAGCUGGAAGCUUUGUUCUCCCACGCGCUGUAUAGCCUGCAUGCUCCGUCCAGUCCCGAUGACGACACUCUGCUGCGAAUCCGGACCCAGGAAGAGCACAGCGAGGAGCACAGCGCACAGCAGUGGUUAAGUAACAGCAAGGACGGCUAUGAACCUGUCCAGUGGAACAGCAGUACAGAUACCCACCCUCCCUGGCUUCGGUUCCACCUCGGCAUCUCCCGGUGGCAGCUGUAUCCACACCGAGACACCAACCUGCCUGUUCUUGUGGAACAGCUCUCAAUGCACCGCAUCGUCAGCGCAGUUCAGAAAACCGGAGGAACACAGCUGAAGUUGGUGAUGACGUUUUCUAACUAUGGAGAGGCGCUCUUCAAGCCCAUGAAGCAGGAGAGGUACGACGAGACUAACGUGAACCUGUACUAUUUCUCGGACUUUGAGAGGCACAAUGCCGAAAUCGCAGCCUUUCACCUAGACAGGAUUCUGGGUUUCCGGCAUGUACCUCCGGUUGUCGGAAGACUGGUUGAUGUAAUUAAGGAAAUUAAAGACAUCACCACUGACCACAAACUGGCCAAGACCUUCUUCAGUUCUCCAGUGGGAAAUGUGUGCUUUUACGGCCAGUGCUCGUACUAUUGUUCCACGGAGCAUGCGGUGUGCGGCCGGCCCCGUGCUCUCGAGGGAUCUGUAGCAGCCAUGUUGCCUGACCUUGCCCUCGCACCUCGCCGCUCCUGGAGAAACCCGUGGAGGCGCUCAUACAGCCGCAGCAAGCUCGCUCUGUGGGAGAAAACCCCAGGAUACUGCGACGCCGUGAAAAAGACUCCGCCCUAUGACCGAGGCACCCGAUUGGUGGAUCUCAUCGAUAUGACCAUUUUGGACUUUCUGCAAAGUAAUAUGGACAGACACCACUAUGAAACAUUUGAAAUUUUUGGCAACAACACCUUCCUUCUACAUUUAGAUAAUGGAAGAGCGUUUGGUCGUCACUCUAAGGAUGAACCAUCGAUACUCACUCCUCUCGUGCAGUGCUGCAGAAUCCGCCGUUCCACGCUGCUUCGCCUGCGUCUGCUCUCCUCCCCUCAGUACCGUUUGAGUGAUGUCAUGCGGGCGUCUCUCUCUCAGGAUCCUCUGGCAGCCGUGGCUCCCCUCCUCACCGAACCUCACCUUUCCGCUUUAGACCGCCGUCUAGCAGCAGUGCUCCAGACCGUCCAGCGCUGCCUCCUUCAGCACCAACACCUCCAUGAUGUCAUCUACGAUGAUAUCACUGACUACUCAGGCUAGGAAAGUGCUGUAAUGACUAAUCCGUGCUCACUGAAUGCUCAUCUUUUGUACUUCCUCAGCUAAAAUGUACUGGAUGCCAGUAUGAUAUUACAAAUUACAGCCUGGGUGACAAUAAAUAAAUAAAUAAAUAAAUAUAUAUGAAAGCACUGCAUCAUUGCAUAAGAGCACUUGAUCUUGAUUUGUAUUGUAUGUAUAAAUUUAUAUAAUAAAAUGUGUUAGAUGUUUUUACAACUUUUCUUUUUGAUAUGCUCGUACUGCUCAGGGUUGUGGUGAGACAGGAAAUACCAAAAAGAAAUAUUUAAAUGACUAUAAAGACAUAUUUAUUUUAUUCUCUUUCAUCCUAUGUUCUUUUCAUUUCUUUAGCCGGUUAU